CAUGACAUAUCUCGCAGCGAUGCAGUGCCCCGCCCUGUGGGUAUCACUGCGGGCCUCUAUGUGGUUCAGACCUGCGACGCGACGGCGCGUAUGCCGACUUCUAAGCUGUCCUCCUAGCAUUUAGGAUGGCUGUCCAACAUUCUUGCAUCCUCCGAACGUGUUCUAGUGCCACACUCCGAGCGGACCCUGCGAUGAAAGCCUAUAGUUAAGAUUCCCCCUGGCGCUCCGGUAUCGCCUCCCUUAGCUACCACGCUCAGGUAAUCUGGCUCACCAGGUGCUAGUCAUCAUCAAUCGUACCAUCCUUACUCGCACAGCACCAGGUCGCGGUCGCUUGCUCCAACAGUUUUAAUACCGGAGAGAGUGUCGUAACCCUGGAUAGCUCAUCUUACUUCACAACCGUUCUCGUCAUGCGCAAGAACCUUGCGAUAUUUGCCUUUGCCUUGGCAGCAAACCUAGAGCUGACAAGCGCAGCACUCUUCACCAACCCGGCCGACGUGCCUACGAAUAAACAGUACCAAUAUGUUGUCGUGGGCGCCGGACCCGGGGGCAGCGUCGUCGCAAGUCGGCUCUCGGAGGAUCCGCAUACUAAUGUCUUGCUUCUUGAAGCUGGUCCGAGCGACGAAGGAGUGUUGCAGAUUGAAGUCCCCUACCUUGCACUUGAGCUGCAGCCCAAUACGACUUACGACUGGAACUAUACGACGGUCCCUCAGACAGGGUUAGGCGGGAGGGCCAUCGCGUAUACACGUGGACAUGUCCUUGGCGGUAGCUCCAGCAUUAACAUCAUGGCUUGGACACGAAGCUCUCUAGACGACUUCAACAGGUAUGCCGCUGUCAGUGGAGAUGAUGGGUGGUCCUGGGAUGCCAUCGAGCCUUACUUCAAGAAGAUCGAACAUUUCGUUCCGCCUGUUGACCAUCACAAUACCAGUGGUCAAAUCGACAUCCAAAUCCACGGCACACGCGGGCCUCUAAACAUCACAGUCAAUAAUACACCAUACCCCAUAGAUUCACACGUGAUCAAUACCACACAAGAACUUAGUGAUGAGUAUCCUUUCAACAUAGACAUGAACUCUGGUCACCCCUUGGGAAUCGGGUGGGCCCAAAGCGCAACGGGUAACGGCAUGCGAUCAAGCGCAUCUUCAUCUUAUAUCAGACCGGUACUUUCUCGGCCCAACCUGGACGUUUUGGUCAAUACGGUCGCAACGAGGCUCCUCAGAAGUGGCCACGAUAACGUAACUGGAGUACCAGUCUUCUCCGGCGUCGAAGUCGCACAAUCGAGCACAUCGCCUGUCUUUGCCUUCAAUGCGACGAAGGAAGUGAUAUUAUCCGCAGGCGCUGUCAACACGCCUCAGCUCCUGAUGCUCUCUGGAAUCGGCCCCUCCUCGCAUCUCUCCUCUCUUGGUAUCGAAACCGUCGUCGACCAUCCCUCCGUUGGUCAGAAUCUCUCUGACCACCCUGGUGUGGGCAACCAGUACAGCGUGGCAGCCGCUCAGGACGACACGGAUGACAAUCUCGUACGGAACAGCACACUCUUCAAUGAGCUGUUGCAGGAAUGGAAGGACAAGAGGCUAGGCACGAUGACCGGCAACGGUUUCAACCACAUUGGCUGGUUGAGGCUACCGACAGAUGAUCCAAUCUGGAAGACGGCGCAAGACCCGAGCGCAGGCCCCACUGCGGCGCAGUACGAGUUCCUCUUUGACGACGGUUACGUGGCGGCAACCGCUCCUCCAACCGGAUACUUCAUAACUGUUGACACAGUGCUCGUAUCCCCCACUUCUAGGGGCAGCAUCACGCUUGCGUCAGCAAACCCCUUCGACUCGCCCCUCAUCGACCCUGCAUUCCUCAACACGACGUUGGAUAUAUAUGUCAUGCGAGCCGCCAUACGCUCAGCAGCGCACUUCCUUUCGGCGAAGACCUGGGAUGGCUUCGUGACGGGGCAAGGGGGGGACUUCGCCAACGUGGAUCUGGACUUGGACGAGUCGGUCGAUGCGUGGGCACGGGCGCGGGCCAUGACCGUGUGGCAUCCGACGGGCACUGCUCAGAUGGGCAAAUGUAACGACACGGGCAGCGUGGUCGAUCCCGACUUGAGGGUCAAGGGGACCAAGGGCCUGAGGGUUGUCGAUGCAAGCGUCUUUCCAUACAUCCCGGCAUCGCAUCCACAAGCAGUGGUGUAUGCGUUUGCGGAGCGUGCUGCGGAUCUGAUUAAAGAUGGAAGGCGUUAUUGCUGAAAGCUACCAGGUCCAUCUGGAGUUUGGGUCUGGUCUUGAUACGAACGAACUAAGGUACAUUCCGAAUACUCUUAUAUGUAUGUAGGCGGUUACUCUGU